ACAUGUGGUCGGCACUUAGCUUCCACUGAUGAAUGUAGGGACCAAACGAUAUAGAUCUGAAAUGAUGCCAUGGAGUGAAGGCUGCACAUUCCAUAUUGGCUGCAAAAUUUGAUCCUUAGUUUCUUUCUUUGGGGACUUAAGCGUGGGUACGUCGCCUCAAACUCCAAGGAUGAUCCUGCAAAGGUUGCUGCUAGCUUCACCUCCCAGGUCGUCAUCAUGAACCACCUUGGUCAGAUUAAAAAUGGUUACACCCCAGUUCUUGAUUGCCACACCUCUCACAUUGCAGUCAAGUUCUCUGAGAUCUUGACCAAGAUUGACUGGCGUACUGGUCAUGAGAUUGAGAAGGAGCCAAAGUUUUUAAAGAACAGUGAGGCCGCUAUUAUUAAUAUGACUCCCACCAAGCCUAUGGUGGUUGAGGCUUACUCUGCGUACCCACCCCUGGGACGUUUUGCUAUUAGGGACAUGAGGCAAACCGUUGGUGUUGGAGUUAUCAAGAGUGUUGUCAAGAAGGACCCAAGUGGAGCCAAAUGAUGAGACUCUCUUCUUUAUGGUUGUCUCUUAUCUUAUGCGUUUAAACUUUGAUGGCCAUUUGAGCCUUUUUAAUUAUCUUAUUGUUUUCUCUGCGACUUUA